CGCCGUUUGCGACAGCGAGCAGAACUCACCUUGGGAUCUUGAGGAAUUGCCGAACGAGCCCGAGACGCCAAGAUUCCCAAUCACCAACCCAUCGAUUUACGAUUCACGGCUGUUACGUCGCUGCGUGUUUUGACACUCCCGGUCCCAUCUUCGAAAGAAUGCUUUUCUGCUCGGUACUUUUUCUGGCGGUCUGGAUUAAUUCGUCGUUUGCCGAAGAAUCGUCCUCCAGCGAUGCCGCGUCCGCUAAACGAGCGCCAAUGGGAUUCCAAGGGAUGCGCGGGAAAAAGGAUCUCGUUCCCACAUCUUCGGAAGAUAGCGAACUGUCCAAAAGAGCUUUACUGGGUUUCCAGGGUAUGCGCGGUAAAAAGACUUUAGAUAUGCCGGACAUUGAGGACAAUCCUCUGCAGGACGAGUUUGACAAACGGGCGCCAAUGGGUUUUCAAGGCAUGAGAGGGAAGAAGGAUUACUUUAUACCUGAUUUCGAAGAUUCCUAUUUUCAUGACGAUUACGAAAAACGAGCACCUAUGGGAUUUCAAGGAAUGAGGGGAAAGAAAUCACUGGAGGAGGUAUUGAGCGAAAUGGAAAAGAGGGCUGCGAUCGGCUUUCAGAAUAUGAGGGGGACAAAAGGUUACAUUUUUGAUCCGCAAAGUUACGAAAAGAGACUUCUCGCGAUGGGUUUCCAAGGUAUGCGCGGAAAGAAACAAGAGUUCCCGGCAGAAUGGGAAAAAAGAGCUCCCAUGGGAUUUCAGGGAAUGAGAGGCAAAAAGACGCUAUACGACGAGAUAGAGGAACUCGAAAAACGAGCCAUUAUGGGUUUUCAAGGCAUGAGAGGUAAAAAGGACGGCUUUGAAAAUUACAUAGAUUACUAUGCAGACCCUCUGGAUUUUGACAAGAGAGCACCAAUGGGUUUUCAGGGAAUGAGAGGCAAGAAAGAUUCGGACAAAAGGGCACCAAUGGGUUUUCAAGGCAUGAGAGGGAAAAGGAACACGGGAGAGCGAUUUGGAUCUGAGGCAAACUUUGGAAUUCGAUCAUCAAACGGAUAUCAAGGAGCGGGCGAUAGAAGAAACGCUCUAGCCUCGUGCCAGGUCGAAAAGCGAUCGCCCUUCCGAUAUUUUGAGAUGCGCGGUAAGAAAAAUCCACGAUGGGAGUUACGGGGGAUGUUUGUGGGGGUGAGAGGCAAAAAGUGGGCGACAGCCCCGUACGAGGACGACAGCCCGUUCAUAAGCAUGUUUGAUAACACCGAAAGGAUCGGCGUGGAUGGCGACUCGCCGGCAGCAUUAGAUUCACAAUAAUGCAACAGCCCUUAGAAACGAUAACUGUUACGAAAAACACAUCUUCUCCAAAUAAUUAAACCGAUAUAGCUAAAAAUCUAAAAAGCGAAGAAGAAAACGUGUCUGUCAGUUACAGUGAUAGAUGCGAGCGAUUGUUGUUCAUUUAUUAAUUUAUUAUAAUUCAAUUAUUUAAUUCAAUAAUCUGUCAAUUGGAGCUUCAUAAUUAUAUUUUACAUAUAUCGUUGGCCAAUAUUUCUCUUCAAUGUGCAUAGUUUGUCAUAUGUAUGUCAUUACAUAUAUUUUGCCGCUAGCGCAAAAUUCAGGAUCGUGUGCAAUGGAUGCAAGCCGCAAACUGCAAGUCGUAGAUGCAAUCACAAGCGGAGGCGUAAACUCAGAAUGUACACAAUGAACAAAGACAUGCAUAUAGAACAGUUCUAAAGCAGAACUCUUCCUGCGGUUUCCAUGAAUAACUUCUGCAUGCAGAGAAAAUCAGAUUUAUGUUUAAUUAAAUUAGAAUAUGUUUGUGAAUACUAUUACUUAAUAUUCCGUUCUAAUUUGUUUUCAAAACAUUUUCUGAAUAUUUCAACAUGGAGACAAAUAUAUUGCUUAAGAUUGGCGCGGAUCUCGUAUAACUGACAAUGCGUUGUUCACGCUGAACAUGUAUGACCCUGUUACGUCAAUCAGAAUUCUACCCAAAUCGAUAACACUAUUGAAAUUUAUGUGAGCUUAAUUAAAGAGUAUGUGCAUUAAUUUCGCAAAAAAACAAUAGAAACAUAAGUGUCUCUUUUUAUAUAAUUUGAUGUAGCCAUCAGAAAUGUUGUUUACAGUCACACGUCUACGAUUUGUAUCUUGUGAUCUGCUUUCAUUGCAAGCGACAUAUUCAUGGUGUAAUUAUUUAUAGAUUGAUUAAGACGAAGAUAUAUCUCUUCUGCUGUCUACGAUUGUAUGUACAUGUCAGUAAAGUCUUUCAAAAUGCCUAUAUCAGUAUUAAUUCGUACAGGGUGUAUUAUCAAAAGUAGCAAUUAGUAGUAGUGAUAUAUUCUUAAACAAAUUUCAAGAUUAUCUUUUAAUAAUAAUUUUAACAAAGAUCAUAAUCGAUCACGAACUUUGAAUUCUCAACAUUGGAUCUAUAUCAGCAAUUAAAUGUCAAAUUAAAAUUUCUAAAAUGUCAAUAGUUUUAAAUUAAUAUAAAAAUAAGAUUUUACACAUGUGCACAAUUAAAUUGAUUCAUAAAAAUGCCUAAUUUCAAACAAUAAUUACGUAUUUAAAAUAUUCAAAGGAAUUCGAAGUUCACAAAAAAUGCAUUUCUACUAAUAAUCUUUUAUGGAACACCCUGUAUUAAUUUGUCCCGUGCAUAGAGCAGAAUUUUUUUCAUUUCAAUUUACAAACGCAUAUUACGCAUCGGCGCAAUUACGAAAAGUAAUUUCACGUCCUCGAUUCCGAGAAAUAAAAUGUACACGGGAAACAGGUGGUGUGUAAGCUAAGAUUGAAUAGUGUAUAAAUAUCUAGCAUAUCGUGACAUAGAUAGGAAUUAUAUUUUUCUCUGGAUGUUAAUCGAUAAUGUUAUUGUAGAUACAAUUAUGUUUUCAGUCAUCAUCCGGAUUCUUUGAUUCUUGCCUCCUGAGAUGUAAAUUUAUCAAUCACGUUGGAAGGUGACCAUUUUUGUGGCCAUUGGUUGCAUCCAACGAGAUGACCUUUAAUUAUUGAGAUCCUGCUGAUAAUUAGAAUGUAUUUAGAUUCUGUCGCGAUUUUGAUGAACAACAUUUUGCUUGAUUGAUUGAUUGAUUUAUAUAUAUUCUUUUUUAUCUUAACGAUGAUAUAACAGUGAUCUACCGCACGUGAUAAAUUCCUGUCAAAAAACUGUAAUUCACUAAUUUCAAUCACGCAGUGUGUGGGAUUUAUGUUGCCAUGUAUCUAUGUUGCAUACCUUGUUAUAAAAUAAUAAAUUGCUUGAGGCUCUAAUGUUUCUAUAGCCCACAAUGUUUUAUUCAUGUCCUUUCUUUGAUUAUUUUAUAGGCGUAGAAAUGCGAAGGUUCAAUAUGAUUAGAUGUGUAAAAUCAGUUUGGGGAGCGUAAAUUUUAUUCGGUACACUGAAAUUUUUUUGGAUCCGUCGUAAAUUGAGUGAGAAAACUUACGAAAUCUAGAAAAACUACAAUGAGAAUAUUGCAAAUCCUGAUUGUAAUUAGUAUAAACAAUAAUCAAUAAAUGGCUGUCAUAAAUGAUA